AUUAGAAAAAGGGACGCGAGAUCUGCCGGCGUGCAGGAUCCUAGGACCAGCACGCGGCGAAUGCCACGGAUAUGCCACCGGUCGGAACGACUCUCUCGAAGUGAAACGCCAAGAUGAUUAUGGCGCGGCCUUGCGAGCGCCGCUUGCGGACUGUCUUGGUAUUCGUAGCUGCCACUUACGCUCUCUCGACCCUAGUGUACCUGUUCUUGGAUCGAGAACCCGCACCAUUACUGUUGAGGCCGAAUGCCACCUGGUGGAGGACGGAUGCACUUCCAUAUAACAUGUCACUUCUCGAAGGAAUAAAUGACUUAGAGUGGCUAGUUGAUUCUCCUGGCUUCAAGUUCCUUAUAAAUAACAAGCGUUGUGAUGGAGAUGACUCAAUUUUUCUUGUAAUAUUUAUUCACUCUGCUCCUACCAAUUUUCGCAAACGUCAGGUUAUCAGGGACACAUGGGGCCGUGAAGAAAAUCUUUCUCGUGAUCCAAUGCGAGUAGUUUUCUUACUAGGAACAGUUUCAGAUCCUGAGAUCCAACGUCGUAUUAAAGAAGAAAAUGAUCUCUAUCAAGAUGUUGUGCAGGGUAAUUUUGUUGACAGCUAUCGUAAUUUAACUUACAAACAUGUCAUGGGAUUGAAGUGGGUCACAUAUUUUUGUCGUCAAGCCCGCUUUGUUUUUAAAACUGAUGAUGAUAUCUUUGUUGAUAUAUUUCAACUUGCAUCUUUCCUUAAAGAUGUCUUUGGCGAAUCUGAAAGUGUAGCUAAUCUAAUGAUGUGUUACUUGAUUCGAUCACCUCAUGUGAAACGUAGCCAACGCAGCAAAUGGCGAGUGAGUUUCAAGGAAUAUCCUGGUCGAAAAUAUCCUACAUACUGUUCAGGGUGGGGUGUACUUAUGAGUCCUGAUGUUGUUUUCAAAUUGUACCUUUUGUCUUCCAAAGUACCAUAUUUUUGGGUAGAUGAUGUUCAUGUGACUGGUACAUUGGCAAGUCGUGUAGGUAUUUCUCAUGUUGAUUUCACAGAAAAGCUAGCACUAACAGCUGUGGACAUGGACAAAUGGCUGAACAGUGAAGAUAUAGUCAGGCCUUACUUGUUUGGUCAUCCUAAUUCAGAUGCAGACACAAUAUUUGCUCUUUGGAAUCGAACAAUGCAGUACUAUCAUCGACCACUGGUAUCUUACAGGUAGCAUAUGUCCUUCUAAUCAUUAUGUUGUGAGUCACUCUAUUAAAUACUUUAAGAGCAUGUUUCAUACCCACUUCUAAUUCUUUCUAAAAUAUGUGUUGUGUGUAAAAUAUGACAGGCUUAAAGUAAUUCACUGUAUCAUUUUUUUAACAUGACAAAAACAUUAAUCAUAUGUUUUAGUAUCUUGAAGAAUCUUGUUGUGACUAAUCUUUUAUAAAGUUUUGCUAAAGUAAUAAAAUGUGAAGACUGUUUUCUUAAUUUUAAUUUUCUGUGCUAUUGCAUCAAGUACAUAAAGAUGAAUAUUUUUUUAAGAAAUUGUUUUUUCAAAUUCGCAGGGUUAUUAAAAUUAGAACUGUCAGAACCCUGUGGGAGAAAGAAUAUGAGGAAACAGGAACCAAAACUAAAUAAAUUAUAAUAAAUAAAGGCUGAAUAAUAAUGACUAAUUAAAAUUGAAUAUAAAGAAAUAAAUCAAAUAUUAAUUAGAGGGAUACUAAAUAGAAUUAAAGUAGUAUAUCGUAGAAAGUUACAGGAAAUAAGGAAAAUAAUUGAGAGCUAAGUAAAUUAAUGAUAACAAAACAUCCUACCCUUAAUAAGAAGAAAUGUAAGUGUUUUAAACAGUAUUCUUCAUGCUUAGAUAAUACUAUUUUCUUAUUUUUACUCCUAAUUCUUUAAAAAUCUUCUUGACCAGAUACCUGUAACACUGUAGCUUUCCCACAUGUUUUUCUUCUUCCUGGGAAAGUGAGAAAUAAAUUCAAUAGUUAACAUAUAAGUACUAGUUUUUAUAAUUCAUAAAAGAAAAUUGCAUUAACAACAAAAUUUCUUGCUAACAGGGCAGUUAAAUUAUCACAUAAAGCAGUGUAGCUGAUCUUAUUUAGUGUUCCAGUGCACUUUAUCUGGAAUUGUAAUUUUGCUUAUAAACUGAGAAGUACCAGAGCCCAGCUCCUUUGGGCUCCAGCUGUAUUUAAGCCUUACCAAUUUAUUAAUGGCAAAAGAAGUAUAAGAGAGUAUUAUGAGCAGUGAAAUUAUUUUCAUUGAUAAUUUUUUUCCUGCUGCUAUCUUAUUUAUUUCUUGUGAUUUCUUUAAAAUGAUUCAAAAAUGAAAUAUAUGCAUGCAAAUAUAGUAUAAUAGCACAGAAAAUUAUAAUUUUUAGAUGCAGAAGUCUUAAGAAUUAGAGUAUGUUUGUUUAUAUGCAAAUUUCUUUGUGCAUUUUGCAUUUAAUGUAAUACUUUAGUACAUUAUUUUUAUAUUUUUAAAAAUGUUAUUAAUUAUAAUUGUUUUAAUGUAGCUUUAGAGGAUUUUAAUAUAAAUUCACUAUAUUUCCAGCAAUUUAAUUUUUCUAAUAUUAUGUAUGUAAUAUAUUUUAUUCUCAUUAAUGUAUUCAUGGAGUGACUUCUUAUGUUGCAAACAAGGGUUCAGGUUGAAGUUUGGUAGAUUUCUACCUUUAUAUAAGAGUUAAAUGUUUACAGGUAGAAACUACGUUGAUCCACUUUUUUGCUGUGAUAGUUUUGGAAAGACAUAUGAUGUUUGCCCAAAGUUUUCAAAGUAUUUCUGGAGGUAUUCUCUCCUGUGAUAUGGACCUUGUGUGUUGUUAAUAGUCCCUUUUUGUGUAAUUCUUGAUGCAUUAACAAAAUGUCAAUUCUAAUAAUUUUCCUUUGUUGAUAACAUGAUAAACAUUUGAAUGUGAUUUUACUUCAUUUGACCAAAUAAUGAAAUAUUUUAUGUAAUGAUAUCAAUUUUAAAUGUAGAAAUCCUUCUCAUAAGAAAUUCCUAUUGUUAUGCACAAUUGUUAAAAUAAAUUUUUAACUGAUAUUGAGUUUAUCAAAAGUGAUGUAACUUUCUGAAAUUGAAUGUCAUUAAAUCACCUGCAUGAACACUGUAAAGGCAGCUUCUCUAAUAAUCUAGAUGCCAGAUUUUCUGCUUGCGUGUUACACUAGUUAAAACUUUGGGGGAUGAAACUGUUAAUAUUUAUGACUUGUUGGCUUAUCAUGUUUAUAGAAUCAUCCUAAAAAUUUUCUUCUAAGUGUUAUUUCCUGGAGAUAACAAGGGUACAGUUACAAAUUUGAAUUCAUAAAUUUUUGUGUUUCUGUUUUAUUUGUAUAUCUGUUUUAACUUUUCAAAUUUAUCUUGCCAUUUAAAUUAUUAAGAUGAAAACUGCCAGUUAAAUUUUCAUAUUUUUCUUUUGUAGUGAUAUCUUGUAUCAAAUACAGUGUUUACGUAUUUCUUUUUUUGUAUUGUAAAAGCUGCUGCUUUCCCCCCUCCCCUUCCUUCCUUCAUUUUAUUUUCUAAAGAAAAUAUUUAAAUUAUAUUAUAAAGGUGUUUUGGAAGGAAAUAAAAUGGGCCUAAUUAAUGUUAAAAUUGAAUAUUUAAUAAUUUAGCCUUCAUAUUAACAGUAUUUCUAGUAGGCUGUUUGUUUUAUUAGUAAAUUAUCAUAGUUUAUUGUAAAAUAUGUGUAUAAAUAAUUUUACUUUUUAUCAGUGAAGACUCGUAGAUAUUAUACAUCACGGAUCCUGUAUAAAUCUGCUGCUACUGAUAUUUAGAAUCGAAGAUUUUAUAGUGCAUUAUGCAUUUAUUUAAGAUAUAAAAUUAAAUUACAACUAGUUUGCACACAAUUCACAUAUUAAACUCAUACUUUUUAUUCUCAAACUUAACUUCAAUUUGUAUCUUUUGCUUACUUUAUUGCUAUGCAUGAAAGAUUUUUUUAUUUCUUUAAUGAUAUAGCUAAUAGGAUUGGCAAUUUCUAAAUUGGUAUGAGUAUUAUUUUUAUAAAUUUUAUGCACUAAAUUAAAUUUUUAUACAUUUUAUUGCCAUUUAUGUCAGUUUCAAGAAUUAGGUUAUGUUCUCUAAAUUUUCUUUACAUAUCUUUUUUAUUUUAUGAUCUUUCAUUUUAAGGUUCUGGCUUUUAAAUAACUUUUUAUUUGAAUAAUUCCAUUGCUUCACAGAAUAACAAAAUUUUCUUGUAUUCAAAAUAUUGUGAUUUGUGUAAAUGUCUUCCAAUUUGUUCUAAAUACGUUCCAGUAUUUGGUUUUUACCUCUGUUCUGCUGUGAAGUGAUAUAGAAAAUGCUUAUAUUGGUCUGAGCCCUUGUUUUGAUGACUUAACAAUUCACUGAAAAUACUUUUAAGAAUUCAUAGAAAAUGCUCUUAAAAUGGAAAAAAAUACCAAGAAAAAAUAAAAAAGUCCCCCUCCCCACACACACCAGUAUAAAAAAUAGUGCUAUAUAAAAUGACGCAAUUGACAAACAUUGACAAAUGACGUAAACCCAAACAGUUGUACAUACUGAACACUUGAAUUCAAUUUUUUCUGAAUUUUCAGUUUUACUCAAAUAUAUUCAAAUUGCCAAAUUAUAAAAUGCUUCUUUCAUGUUUUGAAAAGGGAAAUGUCUUCUGUUGUCAGUAUAUAAGUUUAUAUCGUAAGAAGUUUCUCUUGAUAUUUACUGGAGUUAUUAGAGUAUACUUGGGGGGGGGACUAUAUUACUUAUUGUUGAUUGUUCUUAAGUUUUCUCCUAUCAAAAUAAGGGAUAUUUUUCUCAUAGUUUGAAAAGCCACAGUUUUUAGUCAAAACAAUGCUGAAUUUAGUAGAUGCAGAAUUUGAACCUUUGUCUUUUAUAAUUUAUAAAACAUUGGCUAAUAUAUUGAUGUAAUUUAUUGCAUCAACAAGUUCCAUUUUUGCUCUGGUAAGGAUUUAAUAGUUGAAUUAGGAUCCUGGAAUAGGAUCUGGUGUAUGAAAGAUUUCCCUCAAUUUUUGUUUAUGGAGAAAUUAUUCUGUGCAAUUUGAAAUGAAGUAGCAUUAUUCACAUCAAAACUAUUCGUAAUUGACUUUUUGAAUUGUUCAUUGUAAUUCAUGCUUACGUUGAGCUCUGUUCCCUAACAUAUUAUAACAGGUUUCAGUGGUAAAGGUAGAUUAGGAGCUGUGGGUUUAAAACACUUUAUAUGAUAAUGCUUUUAAGAACAUUUUCUUUAUGUUAGAUACAAACCUGUCAAGAUCGAUAUAAUUAGCAGGGAUUUCUUUAGCAAGAUGGUGCAUCAUGCGAAUGGUCACAUACACUAGCGUGGAAUAAAAUAUCUUUAUUGAUUUUUCUAUUUUAACCAUGUAUGGUGCAGCAUCGCUAAAAAGAGCAACACAUCAUCAUGUUGGAGAUAAAAUAUUUAGUGAUUUUUCAAACACUGAUAAAUUGUCUGCAAUCACUUUUUUUUUAUUUCUUUGGCAUUAAUUCAAAUCCAGAGUACAUAUUAACACAUUGCACUAUGCCUGCCUAGUAAAAAUGAGUUCAUAGGAGUUGAGACAGAGUUAUUUCAAGGGAACUGCUAGAAUAUACCUCAAAAUGCUCUGAAAUGCUCUAAAAGGUCCCAAAAUUGCUCUAGAAACUUUAAAAAUGAUUUAAAAAGGGAAAAAUACUCAUAAAAUGAAAAAAAGGAAUGCAUAUGUUAUCAAAAUCUAGGCCUUGGUAAUAAGUAUAAUAAAGAAAGGUAGAUUUGCCAUAAUUUGUCUUGUAAUCAUGGCAGGUUUGGUAUGUUUAUGUGAAUGAUAAUCAACUGCUUAGGUGAUUCUUUUUGUUCAAACUUUACAAAGUUUUUUCUUUCUUUUGAUAAGGAAGGAGUAUGUACAUUUAACUUAUUUAUUUAUUUUUGAAGCACUGAUGAUGAAUUAUUAUGAAGUAAAUUAUUUAUGAAAUAAGAUAGCAUGAAGGAUGUGCUGUGAAAUAUUAAACUCUAUUUCUUAAUUUUAUUAUUCUGUGCUUCCAGUUUCAUUUAAAUAUAUUAUAACACUAAUUUUGCCAUUCUUGAAGAUUGCAUUCUGUUUUCAAAUAAUCCAUCAAGUGAAAUAUCAUUGAUUUUAUUAAAUUAUAGUAAUUUUCUUUUUAUCGUAUAACUUUUAUGUAAAAUUACACAUUAACAUAUUUAUUUUCUAAAAAAUUACAAUUUUUAAAAAAAUAUAAAUAGCACCAGAAAGUAAUUAAGAUAAAUAAUUUAUGUAGUAAUGUGUAUUAGCAUUCAUAUUAGUGCAUAGCUAAAAGAUUGUUUCUUAAUUUAUAUCUUCAAAUGCUUUAGCAAUUUCAUAACACAAGCUCUUUUUCAAGAAUUAUCUGUAGUUUUGUAGUUUGUUUUGAUGAGUAUAAUUACAGCACCAACUUCUUAAACACUGGAAAGCUGAAUGUAAUAAUUGGUUUGAUGUAAGCAAGAAAAUUUUGCCAUCUAUGAAUGCCUUAAAUUUUACAAAAUCUUUGCAGAUUUUUGGCCAUUGGAAAUUGAAACUUCUAACAUAAUCACAGUACGACCUUAUCAUUAGUUAACAAACAAAUUAGGUGGUGUUAAUUAGCAACAUAUUAAGCUGAAGGACCAGAGCCAAUUACAGAUUACUCUACUUGGCAUGAAAAAAUUAAUUCAUUAAUUUUCUUCAUAUAUGUAGCAUACUAUCUGGUUGAAAAUUUCUGAAAAGUUAUCAUGUUUUCACCUUAGUGUUUAUUUUAAUUAGUUGAAUAGUUGGACACUGGUUUAAUCAAAUAUAAUUCAAAUUUUUAAUUAUUCUUAUUUGUUAUAGUAUUUAUAAAUAAUCUGCUCUUGAUUUUGAAUGAUAUAAUUACUUCUUCAUUUAAUAAUUUAUUUUCAUAUUUUUACCAUGAAAAAUGGAAUAAUUACCUCCUCCUCUGUUGUCAUAGCAUAGCAAUAGAAUGGAUCACACAUUUUUGUUAAAAGCUUGACUUAAUAUUUUGUACAUCAUGUAAUUCAUUUCCGGCUAUAUAUUUUUUUUAUUUACCUUUAUAAGAUGUUCACUCUUGCAUUGAAAUACUGUUCAUUAUGCUUAGAAAUAUAUUUUAUUGUUUUAUAUUUUUCUAACAUGCAAAUGGAACUGAAGAAUGGAAAUUAUUUGCUUUUAAGUCUAUUACAUUACUGGGUACUGCUUAAGAAUCUUGUGCCAAAUCUUAGCUUUCUACUGUUUUUCUGGUGCUUUUUUCAUGUGUGCCAAAAUGCUUACCAGUUCUAAUGUGUGAAUGUAACAUCUCUAUCAUCUAAUGUUAUGUAAGCCAAAUAGAACAUUAUAUAACUGUUUCUGUUAUAAAUUUUGCUAUUCUUAUUAGCUUCGUAAGUAAUCAUUUGCCUUUUUUACAAAAUAAAUGAUCCAUGCAAGCUAUUUUGCAAAAUGAGAUGAUUCCUUGGUUAAGUUAUUAUUUUUAUGUUUUCUAUCUUUUGUGUUUUUGUUGUUUCAUGUCAGUAUUAUUUAUUUUUGGAUUUUUCUGUAUUAACAUUAUUAUUAUGAUUAGAGAGCAUAUUGUGUCAUUGUAAUCUGCUUGUUGUUUCCUGAAAAAAACUCACAUCUGCUUCUAUGUCUGAAGAAUGAUGAAAGAUGGUAUUUGCUAUUGCAUUACAGAGUGACUUUUUAAAAAUAUUUUCAGCUAGGCAUAGUAAAAAAAUUCUAUAUGUGUGUCUUGCACUAAAAAUGGAAACCACUAAACUAUGUAAUCACGAGAUUAGUAUUUUAAUUUGAAAAAGUCAAUUUUUUUUGAAAAUUUAUUUUAUUCCAAUAAAUUUUGUUUCUCUUUUGGGAAUAGUAUAAUAACUGUAAAGCAAAAAAGUACAUUUGUAAGAAAAUGCGUGCUAAAAAAUAUAGCUAUUUUAACCAAAUCUUUUUAACAGUUAUUUAAUUACUUAAAAAAUAAUUUACAAUAUUCUGCUGUAAAUAAACAGAUGUUAUGUAACAAAUGAUGUAUAUAAUUAUCAUUAUUAAGAAGUACUAGUACAGACACAAAAAAGAUAAGUUUCCAGUUAAAAUAGAACAAUCUUCUACUGGAAAAAUGUCUUAUAUGUGUGACAUAGUAGUUAUGUUAAGUUCUGUUUCUUUUCCUUAAAAGGUAGGCACAUCAGAGAUGAAUUUAACUUCAAUGUAUGCUUAUGUAGCUGCUAUGAAACUCUUAUUAUAAAAACUCUUAACACUUCUAUUUAGUUGUUUGUGAGAUUUGAAAGGAAGUAGUUAUUGUUAUUGAAUCAUUCCACCUCAAAGCAACUUAAUAGGGGUUUAAUUCAAUGGUGUUUAUAUGCUGAAAAUCUUGUAAAAUGUCUUUUCUGUUAUAUUUUAAUUAUGAAGAAAUUCUAAUUAUAUAACUGUAUAUUUACAAGAUAUAAUUUUAUAAAAGCAUCUCAUCGUACUGAAUAAAUACCACAUUUAAAUAAUGGUUUAUAUAUUCUAUUUUUUACUAUAUUCCAUGUAAAAAUUUGUUAGAUUUAAUUUAACUCAUUUUUUUUUAAUUAACUCUUAUAACUUGCAGAAUUAAAUGCUUUCCAUGGUUAGAAUGAACUACCUAAAUAUGUUUUUCACACCCUUUAUGGAAUCUUUUCCAAGAAUAGUGUAUUUAUUGCAUAUAAUGUAAUAAUUAAGAAUUUAGUUUAAUUUGCUUUCACUAAGUUACUUAGAAUUGAUCCAUGUUUAACUCAAAUACCAUAGCUCAGUCUUGCUUUUUAGAUGCUUAACUUGAAAAUUAAAACAAUCUGUUUAGAAUUAGGACAUUACUAGUCAGAAUCAUGACUUGGAUGAAUGUGAUAGUAAUUCAAAGUAGAAAAAUUUGGCAAAAUGUAAUGGUAGUCAUCAGAUCUACUGAAGUUAAACAUGUACCAUUUCUUAAUAACUGAAAAUUAAUGACAGUAGAAGAGUGACAUUUUCAUGCAAUUUUUAUUCCGAGUUUCAAUUUGACCCACUUCAUAUUCACCCCACUUCAAUCAUUACAUAAUGAGACUAUGUCUUAAAUUAUACAUAGAGAUAGAUGCAUAGAUGUGUGGCUGUGGCUGUACUGAUAUUGAUGCAUCUUAUAAAUAGAGAAAAUGUUUGCACAUUUUCUUUUCUUGUUCUCAUUUCCUUAUAUUUGGAAUACUAAGUAUAAAGCUUAUUCAUUAUUAAUACAAUUUUCACUUAGAAUUUCACUUUAGAAAUAUAUUCAUUCACCUCAAGACAAUAGUGAUAUCCAGUAAACGUAAACUGAAAUGAAAAUUUCUGGCUUAUAUUAGAAUUUAGGAUUAAUGAUAAAAAGAUCACAGUCAAAAUGUAUUGUAUUUUUAAUAAUUAAGUAAUUUUUAGUCAGCUAAAUUUUUAUUAAAAUAUAAAUUGUUAAAUCUCAGUUUUUUUAUUAUUUUUAAUCUGAGAAAAUACGUUUUAAUAUCACAGAAACAAAUGAAGAUGAAUAAAUACAUUUUUAUGUGUGGACCAAACUUAAUCAUGUCUUCUAUGAAACUGAAUUCCCCCCCCCCAAUUGAUUCUCAACUUGUCAUUCAGAUUAUAAAGUAUGAGGAAUAGUACUAAAAAAUUUCAAUUAUUUAAUUGUAAAUUUUAAUUAUGAAUUUUAAUAUAAAUUCCCUCAUUAUUAGCAGCUAGGGGUAAUCAUUUUAAAGUUAAAAUAAGAUUAAUAAAAACAUUUUGUGUUUUUAAUAGAAAUUUCUUUUAUAGUGUGAAUUUAUUCUUCUCUAGCAGCUGAAAAUAUUUAUUAAUGUGUGAAAUUGUGGACCAUUAGUAUUGAAUUUCAUACCCAUAUUUUUGGAAUGUGUACCAAUGAUUCUUUGUAAUUGAGUUAUAUAUUACCUCAUUCAUAGUCUCUAUCAUACUGUGUUGCAUUCCUUAUUUUUGAAAUUAGGAGUAUGUUUCUCAGGAUUAUUUUGCUUUUAAGUUCUUUUUAUGAGGGAAAUAUUAUGUUUGUGGUAUAUAUCUGUCUUCUUUUGUGUUUGUGUAUGAUCAUUUUUAUGUAUGUGUUUGUAUUUGCAUCUACAUUUGCACUGUGCAUUUUCAGUUCAUGAUUGUAUUGUGGAAAGAUCUGAAAAUUUGGUAUUAAAAUCUAUAUUUGUCUCAAAUAAUCAAUAAAUUUUUUUAUAUAAUCA